CAUAAAUAAUGAAAAAAACGACAAGAUAUUAAUGGAAAAAAAUAACAUUCUGAAGAGCAGCUAUUACUCAGAAGAUGAUGUUGGUCCAAAAUCAUAUUUUUCAAUUUUCAGUCCAAGGAGCAUUCAAUGGAUAAAAGAAAAGUUAUCUUUAGAAAAUUCUAAUUUAGUUUAUCCACUUGAAAAUUUGCAUGAUUCUUAUCACGAAUUGAUUAAAUCUCAAUAUAAGAUUUGGAUAGAGCCUAUAGAAAAAAGUCGUUUAACACUAUUGCCAAAAAAGUCUAUAAUGAAUACUCUUUACACAUUUCUUUUAAAAAUUGAAACAAAAUUACACAUUUUAAGUCUUGAUGAUAUAAAAGCUUUGAUAGAGCUUUGUUAUUCAGAUGAUGAAAAUCAAACGAAAAAUAUAACAUAUUCUGAUUUAUUAUUGUUGAAUAUUAUUAUCACGUUAACUUGUUCAUUACUUGUUGAUGAAAAAUCGAGCAUUUGCUUUGAAUCAACUUUGAAUCCCAGGCCCACCGAAUAUUUGCCAACUUCAUUAACAAUAAAUGAAUUGCAAAAAAUGGAAGAAAAUUAUCUACUAAAUUCUAUAUAUUAUUUUCAUAGGGUCUCUAUAAUUGGUGAUGGAUUGGAAUCUAUACAAGGUAUCUUAUUAUUGACGGUUUAUAAUUUUUCUUCUUUCUUAACUAAAGUUAGCUAUAUGCUUGUUUCAAAUGCUGUAAGGCUAGCACAAGAUAUGGGAUUACAUAAAAAGGAAUCUUACUAUGGUCUUUCAGAACUGGAAAAAGAGAAAAAAAGAUUGGUGUGGUAUAGUUGCUAUAACUUUGAUAAGAUUUUGUGUUUCAGAUCAGGAAAGCCUCCAAUUAUCAAUGAAAUAGAUGUUACAGUUGACGAUGAGCAAUUUUUUGAAUCCAAAUUAUCUAAUAUCUUUUGUAAACCUAUUGCUGACAUAAAAACUAAUAUGCCGUAUUAUUUGAAUAGUUUAUGUGAUGGAAAAAUGGAAAGUUUUGCAAUUUGUUAUGGAUACUGUAUGGCAGGUUUAACUCAGAUAGAAACAAAAGCUUAUACGCAACUCUUUUCUAUUACUUCAUUAACUGGGAAAUCAUUGCAUUCUAUUAUGAUAAUUAUUAAAAAUUUGACGAAAAAAUUAGAUGAUUGGCGAGAUUCAGUGCCUUUAGCGAUUCGACCAGGCUAUAAUGAAUAUUCUUGGUGUUUGAACGAAAAACAAUAUAGUUCUACACAGAUUUUUUUUGCUAGAAGAGAGUCUGAGUCUCAUAUUAUAUUGUUGCACUUAACAUAUUUUUUUCAGAUUAUGAUAAUUAAUAGAAUGACAAUCGUGGCACAAUGGUCAAAUGGCAUUUGUCCAGAUGGAAACGAGAAUAAAAUUUGGAAUACUCACAGAACCGAUUCUUAUUUCAGAUGUUUAGAUGCUGCAAGACAAAUAUUAAGACAAUCGCAGAAAUUUCAUUUGAUAUCAACAACAAACAACAUGUUGAUGUUUUGUUUAUUUUUUCCAAUUGGAGCAAUUGUGACAUUAUUUAGUUUAAUUAUUGAAUUGCCACACUCUGAUAAGGCUAAGGAAGACAUUCAGUUAAUGAUUGACUCUUAUAACAACUUCUUUUUCCACUAUGCCAAAACCCCUAAAAGUCCUGUUUCAGAAGUAGUAAUACGUCAAUUAAUUUUAAUUGCAACAACUAUAUAUAAUAACAAAAAUCAAGGAGAAAAGAUUGUUCUUAAUAAACAAAUACUUGGGGGAGAUACAAGUGAUGAAUUGACUCAAGAAAACACCAAAAAUGUGAGUAAUUUGGCUGGUAUGGUAGGUCAUGAUGACUUUACACAAAUUAGAACCUUUGAUAACAAUAAAAAAAGUGCACUGGUUUCAAAUGAAAGGCAGUGUAGAAAUAACAGCUCAAUUGAGUUCAAGGAUCUUGAUUUUUUACUAUCAGCAUAUUAUUUCAACAAUUCAGCUUCAAACAUUCAUCCACCGACUCCAUUGGAAAUAUCACGAACAAGCAGCAAUAACUCAAAUGUGAGAGCUGCUACAAAUUUAACUGGGUGUCCAGAAAUCAAUUCAAUUACAACAGACGAGGUGUAUUCGAUUUUCAAUCCAAAUAGCAAUCUUAUAGGCAGUUCGUUAAUGGCUGCACAAAAUUUCAACCAAACCGAACUAAAUAAUGCUGACUUUAACAUGAAUAAAAAUGGCUUUGAUGAUUUCGGCAUUUCUGAUGAAAGACCAAACAACCAAGGUGCUUUGAAUGAUAGCUGGGUUCAUUCUCUCAAUUCGAUGAAUGCUGCCGAAAAUGCAAGCACAAACUACGUCGAGCCCAACGACCCUUCAUAUUUCAUGAACAAUCUUGAGUAUCAAAACGGGUCAAUAUUGUUUGACUCCACAUUCACACUUCCCACCUUUUUCUCAAACAGCUGGACCAACCAGGACUUUCCAGACACCGGUGGAAAUGAAAGCAACAGCAGCAGCAACUACCCAAACAACUCCUAGCCCUCUCUGGUCCUCAGAGCUCUCUCUGCAGCUGAGGCCUCUUGAACUUGUGCUGGUGCUCCUAAGGCUGGUGCUGUUAAGGCUGGAGCGUGCA